UUGCAGAAGUGAGCGGUCCCGGCGUUGGACGGCUUGGACUAUCCGUCUAUAAGGCAACAUUAAGAAAACAAAAACAUUCCUAAUCUCUUUGAAGAAUAUGACUAGUUAUACAUGAGCGCAUAGUUGUACUUAUCCAUGUUUAGCAGGCGGAUUCUUCAGUCAAAAUGAGAAACUUUAAGAACCUGCAAAACCUCGCUGUGGGUCUGCUGUUCAUAACCUGCUUACUGAUUGAGGAAUCGGAUUCAGCGGCCUGCCAUGGCUGCACUGGAUCCAAGUGUGACUGCAGUGGUGUAAAAGGAGAAAAGGGUGACAGGGGGCUUCCAGGACUAACGGGCCAGCCAGGUGUACCAGGGUUCCCUGGACCAGAAGGGCCGAUCGGACCUCGCGGAGAGAAAGGAGAUGACGGACCUGGAGGACCAGGCGGGCCCAAAGGAAUAAGAGGCCCUCCCGGAUUACCAGGGUUCCCAGGAACACCAGGAAUUCCUGGUCUGCCAGGACAGGAUGGCCCACCAGGACCGAGAGGUGUUCCAGGCUGCAACGGAACAAAGGGUGAUAGGGGAUUCUCAGGAAGCCCAGGUCUGCCAGGAAUUGAGGGGCAACCAGGCCCUUCUGGAUAUCCAGGUCAAAAGGGAGAACCUGGUGAUGUUAUUCCAGUUGACCGGCAUGGAGAUAGAGGAGACGGAGGCCAGCCCGGCCUCCCCGGCCCUCGAGGGAUUUCAGGACCGCCGGGAUUGCCAGGGCCUAUCGGGCCUCCUGGGCCAAGAGGUUAUGAGGGUCGUCCAGGACCUCCUGGUCCACCAGGACCAAAGGGAAACAUGGGAUUGAACUUCCAAGGGCCGAAGGGUGAGAAGGGUGAUGUAGGCCCCAGAGGACCUCCAGGACCACCAGGGCAAGUUGGAGAGCUGCAGAGCACAGGUGGCACCACCAUCCAGCAAGGAGAGAAGGGUGACCGCGGAUCACCUGGGCCUCCUGGAGUUAGCGGACUUCCUGGACCUCCCGGUGUCUCAGGGGGAGCGAAAGGAGACAAGGGAGAGCCUGGCGAAUCUGGCAAACGGGGGAAACCUGGAAAAGAUGGAGACCCUGGUCCAUCUGGAUAUCCUGGUGGAAAGGGAGACCCUGGUGCUCCUGGAUUGCCUGGCCGUGACGGCGAGAGGGGUGAUAAAGGAGAUCGUGGAUAUCCCGGACCUCCAGGACAGGUGGUGUCUGGACCCACACCAAGUGGAAUAGGCCAGAAAGGAGACAGAGGAUUCCCUGGAGGACCCGGAAGGAAAGGAGACAGAGGACCACCAGGUCUAUCUGGACCACCAGGACAACCAGGUGCACCAGGUAUCGGUGAGCCAGGUGCUCCUGGUCGACCCGGCUUCCCUGGUGAGAGAGGGUCGAAAGGUGAGGAAGGGCAACCCGGAGUGUCGUUACCUGGACCCCCUGGACGGAGCGGAUCCCCCGGCUUACAGGGUCCCCCUGGCCCACCCGGACCCCCCGGCACGUCCACCUCUACCGAUAAUUGCGUCAGCGGCCCACCUGGUCUUCCCGGUCUGCAAGGAGAGCGUGGCUACCCAGGAGAGUCUGGCCAGAAAGGUGAAAAGGGUGACACGUGCGUCAACUGUUUCUCCAACGCUAAUGGUCUGCCUGGACCUGUCGGUUCCCCAGGUUCCCCCGGUCUCCCAGGUGUUCCUGGAAUACCAGGAGCUAAAGGUGACAGAGGCUAUCCUGGAGGGCCAGGACUUUCAGGCGCUCCUGGCGCUGCUGGACCUCCCGGAUCGCCUGGAUACCCUGGAGAGAAAGGUGACCCUGGCGAUGCGAUCUCCGUGUCUGGUGUAAAGGGCGAGAAAGGAGACACAGGUUUCCCAGGUCCUGCUGGCUUGCCUGGUGCGGACGGCCGACCCGGACGUGACGGAUCGCCUGGUGCACCUGGUCCUAAAGGAGCUCCCGGCUCGCUACAGGUGAAGGGUACAGCUGGUCCCCCUGGAGAGAAUGGCGCCCCAGGUGCCCCCGGUGACAGAGGUGCUCCUGGUGGCCCAGGAUUUGGACCACAAGGACCUCCAGGAGAGAAGGGUGUGCAGGGAGUGUCGGGAAGACCAGGAGGUCCAGGUGCCCCCGGCCAAAAGGGUGAACCAGGCCACACCAUUGCAGAAAAGGGUGCAGCAGGACUCCCAGGAAGAGAUGGAGAGCCUGGUCUGCCAGGAGCUCCAGGCACAGCAGGUGGACCAGGACAGCCAGGAUUUCCAGGUCUUCCAGGUGCAAAGGGUGACCCUGGUCUUCCAGGUAUUGGCUUACCUGGACCGCCUGGACCCAAAGGAUUCCCUGGAACUCCCGGAGCACCCGGUGGAUCUGGCACUCCAGGACGGCCUGGUUUGGACGGACUCCCAGGAACCCCAGGAGGACCUGGACCUAAGGGAGAACCAGGCUUCGGUUUGCCCGGCCCUCAAGGACCUCCCGGAUUCCCAGGUGGAAAAGGAUUUCCAGGUGCCAAGGGAGAUCCUGGUUUCCCUGGAAACCCAGGAGGACCUGGUCGUCCUGGGUUGAAUGGUGGCCCUGGACAGAAAGGUGAUGCUGGUAUUCCUGGCUCGCCCGGAGCCCGCGGUCCCCCCGGCAGUCCCGCUUUUGGUGUCUCAGGGCCACCAGGUCCUCCCGGAGGUCCUGGACCAAUGGGAACCCCGGGUUACCCUGGGGCAAAGGGUGAAGCAGGUGUACCUGGACGCCCAGGAUUAGAUCUCCCUGGCGUGCCUGGAGACAGAGGAAAUCCUGGUCUUCCUGGCGCUCCCGGAUCUGUUGGUCCACCAGGCCCGGCUGGAGGCUCAGGCCGAGACGGACUUCCCGGUCUCCCUGGCCAGAAAGGAGACAUGGGUGUGAUGGGGCCACCUGGACCCCCUGGAGGCGGUGGUCUUCCCGGUGGACCAGGAUUCCCCGGUCCUAAAGGUGAAGAUGGUUACGUUGGUAGACCAGGUACCCCAGGCAAUCCAGGUCUUAAGGGCGACAGGGGUGACCCAGGUAUCCCUGGCGCUCCUGGCCCUGCCGUUCCUCCCCAUACUAUCAAAGGUGCCAAAGGAGACCCGGGUGCUUCAGGAUUGCCAGGCGGCCCAGGCCAGAAAGGUAUAUCUGGACUUCCAGGAGACCCCGGAAUUCCAGGACAGGACGGACGGCCAGGAUCUCCAGGACCCCCAGGGCCCAAAGGAGACGCCGGUUUUCCAGGAGCCUCCGGAGGACCCGGCGCCCCAGGUGCCAAGGGAGCCAUGGGCGAAAUGGGAUUCCCCGGACCUUCUGGAGUUAAAGGAACCCCCGGUUUGUCUGGAGGCCCAGGAAGACCAGGAUCCGCUGGAGCGCCAGGAUUCCCAGGAGCUAAGGGAGACCCCGGAGCGCCAGGAUUUGGAGCACCCGGAGGCCCAGGGGCCAAGGGUGAGCCCGGAUCUCCAGGAUUCCCAGGAACCCCUGGUCCUAAGGGUCAGGCAGGAGUUCCCGGCUCCCCCGGCUUCCCUGGAGGCCCCGGGGCUAAGGGUGACCCUGGUCUCCCCGGAUUCCAAGGACCCCCUGGUAUCCCUGGUCCAAAGGGAUUGGAUGGCGGCCCUGGUGCUCCUGGUCUGAACGGAGCUCCUGGUAGGCCCGGCGAAGCCGGACGCCCAGGAGGACCAGGCUACCCUGGAGAGAAAGGACAACCCGGCCGCGACGGAAUCCCAGGACCUGAUGGCCUGAAAGGAGACCCAGGUCCACCUGGAUUCGGAACGCCUGGCCCUGCUGGUCUGCCAGGAUUCCCAGGUCCUAAAGGAGAUAUCGGUCUUCCUGGCGCUCCCGGCACUCCUGGUUACCCCGGGCCAAAGGGCGAGGCCGGAUACCCAGGAAACCCAGGAUCCCCAGGAAACCUUGGUGCCCCCGGACCCCCAGGGGUGACUGUGCAAGGACCUAAAGGCAACAGCGGACAGCCUGGCGCUCCCGGAAGACCUGGUGGCCCUGGACCUGAAGGUCCUCGUGGUCCCCCCGGCAGUGGAGGCAUCCGAGGAGAGAAGGGCUUCCCCGGCGGCCCUGGAUCCCCAGGCUUCCCUGGCCAGAAAGGAGAGUCCGGACCUGGAGGACUGCCGGGAGGUCCUGGCAACCCCGGAUUACCUGGUCUGAAAGGAGACAUUGGACUUCCUGGCGUACCUGGAUUCCCAGGCCCCAAAGGACAGGCAGGUAUUGGCGGUAGCCGUGGAGCUCCUGGUGAUGCGGGUUCCCCUGGUGCCCCAGGUCCCCAAGGUGAUCCAGGCGUGGCUCCAACUCCAAUUGUCCUGAAGGGAGAGCCCGGACCACCCGGAUCUCCUGGUCUGCCAGGCAACAGAGGAGCUCCAGGACCCCCUGGAUUGGAGGGGCUGUCAGGUCCACCUGGUGAGCCCGGUAAUCCUGGGCCUGAUGGGCCUCCUGGAUUCAGCGGACCCGCCGGAAGGAAAGGAGACAUCGGACCCGGUGGACAGCCAGGUCCCCGUGGUUACCCCGGUCCCCCCGGCUCUGAUGGUUUACAGGGACCUCCUGGGCUACCUGGCCCAGGAUCAGUGGCUCACGGCUUCCUGAUCACACGUCACAGCCAGUCCACCGAAGAGCCGUCAUGUCCUGCCGGCACCAACCGCAUCUACGACGGCUACUCGCUGCUGUACGUGCAAGGCAAUGAGAGGGCUCACGGACAAGAUCUUGGUACGGCUGGCAGCUGUCUACGGCGCUUCAGCACCAUGCCCUUCAUGUUCUGCAAUAUCAACAACGUCUGCAACUUUGCCUCCCGUAACGACUACUCCUAUUGGCUGUCCACUCCCGAACCCAUGCCCAUGAGCAUGGCCCCCAUCACCGGGGACGGCAUCAAGCCAUUCAUCAGCAGGUGUACUGUUUGUGAAGCCCCAGCUAUGGUCAUUGCAGUGCACAGUCAGACCAUCUCGAUUCCUUCAUGUCCACAGACCUGGGAGCCCCUAUGGAUUGGCUACUCUUUCAUGAUGCACACCAGUGCAGGAGCUGAGGGUUCUGGCCAAGCACUGGCGUCCCCUGGCUCCUGUCUAGAGGAGUUCCGCUCUUCGCCCUUCAUCGAAUGCCACGGCAGAGGCACCUGCAACUACUACGGCAACUCCUACAGCUUCUGGUUGGCAACUGUGGACUCAAAUGACAUGUUCAGGAAGCCACAGUCAGAGACACUGAAAGCAGGAAACCUGCAGACCAGGGUGAGCCGCUGUGUUGUGUGCAUGAAGAGGACGUAACAUCGCUGACGUGACGAAUCGUCGACAUCCAGGGCCAUAAUGAUCGCUAGCGCUAGCAGUGACGUCGUCCGCAGCGGGUGGAAUUCCAAUGGUGCAUUGUCUUCAACUCAAACUCUAUGGUGCUACUGUGCAACACAGCAAAAAAACAAACUGUUAUAAAUGAAUUUAUUAUCCUUUUUUAAAAAAAAAGAAGUACCUCAUUAAGAAAUGCAAACAAUCCCAGAAUGGUGCCAAGACGGCAAAAGUGCAUUUAGGUUUUUUUUUGCUGUUCCUGUUCUCGUGGGGGAUUUUUUUGUCCUUCACAUGAAAGUAAUUUUCUUGUAAGAUUUUUGAUGUUGGUACAGAGAUGGUACAUUUUUGAGACAGAAGUGCUCCUUUUUCUUUUCCUGUUUUUGUUUUUGUUUUGGUUUUUUUGUUUUUGUUUUGUUUUGUUUUUCUCUAUAAAAUGGAGUGGAAUUGUCUCCCUGUUACCAAAUCGGCACUUUUGAACAUCAAAGAGAAGAAAUGCACUGAAGAGCUACAUUAGUGAAACUGUCGUUUUUUUACACUUCAAUACAUUUCUUUCCAUCAUUUCGUUGCUUUUUUCUUUUGUUGGUGGUACUAAUCCUGCUGUGUUCAAGACUCUUUGACUCCCCUUUAGAUACGUUUUCUUCCUUUUGUAAGUAAUGAAAUGUGUAUAUUAUGUAAAACACCUUUUUUAGUGUAAAAGAAAAAAUACUAGGUAAUUACAUGAAUUUCUGGUGUUUUUUUCACUCAUUCACUCAUUCACAUUUUCACUCACUUACACAUUGACUUACACAAGCAUUGUACAAAUUAUGUGUUCUAUGAAAAGAAACAGUAUUUUUAUAUAUAUAAAUUUAUAUAUAUGAAACAAAAAUGCAGACUAUAUUAUAUAUAUAUAUAUCUAUACACAAACCUAAAAUAGCAGUAAGAAGUCCUUUGACAUGAUCACGGCAGUACGUCAUCCACUAGGUAACAUUUUUUCAAGCUGCAUCCCGGAGAGUUUUCCCUGUCAAAGGUCCAAGAAUUUCACAUUCGCACAUUCAAUAUUUUUUUUACGCUAUUUUAACGAACACGUUCUGAGAGGACUUAGCUCUUACUUCAUGAUCUUUUGAGGACAAUAAAAUAUUAGGAGUAUGGAUAUUUUCUUUUCCCUGGUCUUAGUUUUGUUUCGACUUGUUAUUGUACAUACUAUGUGGGGAGAUUAAGACAAAAGAGGGCCAAUAAUUCCUAUGACUAUUUUCUCUUGAAUUUUAGUCACUUUUUGGGGUGCGAGAUUAUGUACUAAUUUCAAGAUCUGUUUUAUUCAUGUUCAUUAUCCAGAAGUUGUUAUACAAUUUUAAAAAGACUGAAAUAAACAAAUAUAAAAGUC